GUACUUCUUUAAUGUUGUUGACGAGUCAACGUUAUAAACAAAGUCUCUGCAAAAUAGUGCAGUUUCUCAAGUAAACUAACGAUUUCUAGUGAUUARAAACAAAGGGCGAACAGAUGCAGUCGCAGGUAAAUCACAACUUCCACCCAGAGAGUGAGGUGAACAUCAACAAGCUGGUGAACAUCAAGCUAACUGCAUCCUACACCUACCUCUCCCUGGGGAUGUAUUUCGACAGGGACGACGUGGCUUUGCGCAGCUUCUCUAGUUUUUUCCUGGAGCGCUCUGUGAAGGAGAGAGAGCAGGCAGACAAAUUGCUGGAAUACCAGAAUAUGAGAGGCGGUCGCGUUCUCCUUCAGCCCAUCGCUAAACCCAGCAGGGAGGACUGGCGAGGUGGCCUGGAUGCCAUCACCUUCUCCCUGGAGUUUCAGAAAACCCUCAACACGUCCCUCCUCGAGGUGCACCGUGGUGCCAACACUCACACUGACCCCCAUCUGUGUGACUUCCUAGAGCAGCACUUCCUGUCCGACAGCCACGACACCAUCAAGAAGCUGGGUGACCAUCUGGGCAGCCUGACCCGCCUCACUUCCUCUGAGACCCAUGGCUCCAUGGGAGAAUACCUGUUUGACAAACACACCCUGUAAGACUCACAGCAAGAAGAGAGCACAGCUUUCACACAGGGACUGGAGUCUGGAGAGUUGUGCUGGGCAGAACGUCCUUUCUAAAUGUGCAUGCAUUUCCGUUACAAGUAGCACUAAAGUGGGAUUUAGCAAUAGAACCACAUACCUCUUACAGUACGUACAGAAAACAAUGCAAGACAAUGGAACAGUUGAAUACCUCAACACCCGUUUACCACUUCUGAUGUGAACAGUGGUUACCACUGACAAACAAAAAGGUGUAAUGGGUUCGCACUCAAAAAUAUGUCACAUAAAGCUUACUAUUAAAUUUUUCUAAAUUAUUUUCACUGCCUCAAGGAUGCAGAUUUUUAGAGAACCACAUUUUUAGAGAACAACCGAUGAGCAGCAUGUACUUUUGAUCAGGUUUGCCACUCAUCUGCCAAUCAGGUAUGUGGCUUUUCUGGCCUACCUGUAUACAAAUUAGUCACAAAGUAAUACAGAAUUAUAGGGUAUGGGAGUGGGCACGAAGGGCAACCGCCCCCAGGUGUCCGUUCACCUAAACAACUCUGGUGCUAUAAGUCAACUUGGUUUCUGCCAUAGAGUUGAUCAAGCAUUCCACCAGUAAAUAUGCUUAAUUGUGUUGUGCAUUCCUACAUAUUUCUGAAUCAGUGCUGUGUUACACCUAGUUUCAUUACUCCAAAAAGCAGCAUAUAAUCAAAUAUGUUCUAAAGGAUUUAAUCAAUAGUUGAAUAUGAAUAAAAGUAAAAGUAACACUA